GAAAAUUUUGUAUUUAUAGUAAAUACGCGCAUUCUAUAGCAAGUGCUAUGAAUCUAGGAAUGUGGCGUGUUGGUACGUAAAGGUAAAAGCACCUUGCAUCCUGUUAAGAUCUAGGCUGCAGAAUUACAACUGCGAACAUGUAAUACACUAAAAGCUUCGCGGCGCAGAUCCAAGCGUGGCAGUCUCUUCAAGUCCAUUGUUCCUGAAUAUUAAUGGGCGGAAGGAAGUAAUAAGAUUGCUUUACGACCAUGCGUCUUUAACCUUUGCUCAGCUACUUGCUUUCGCUCUUAACCAUAGUAACGCCCGCCACCACCGGAACAGAUAAAAUAACGUGGUAUUUAGUAUUUACGACGGGCUUAAUAUAAUGGAGGCCACAUACGAUUUUGUUAUCGUUGGUGGCGGAACGGCCGGUCUUGUUCUAGCAGCACGACUCUCCGAGAAUCCGAAUAUAUCUGUCGCCGUCGUCGAGGCAGGGUCUUAUUAUCAAAUCACGAACCCUUUGAUAUCGUCCGUUCCGCUUGGCGCGGUUGGAUUCACAGGUUCAUCUCCGAAAGAUGUAAAUCCAGGUGUGGAUUGGGGCUUUGUGACAGCACCGCAAAGUGCUGCAAACAAUAGGGUGGUACACUAUCCUCGAGGCAAGUGUCUAGGUGGCAGUUCUGGGAGGAAUUUAAUGAUGUAUCACCGUCCAGAUGAAGGAUCCCUUCAGCAAUGGGCCGACAUAGUCGGAGACGAGUCCUACAACUUCAAAAGCAUGUUGCCUUAUUAUCAGAAAAGCUGCAGGUUCACUGCGCCAGAUCCGAAACUAAAUCCAGAUGCGAAUGUGAGGUAUAAGUUGGAUGCGUUCGUACCAACUGGAGGCCCUCUACAUAUAUCAUAUCCAAACAAUGUGCGCCCCUUUUCGACAUACCUCGGAUCAGCUUUCGAUGAGAUCGGAAUCCCCCAUGCGGAAGAUUUCAAUAGUGGCACGUUGGUCGGUUCCCAGUUCUGCACCUUAACCGUGGAUCCUACCUCCGCAACUCGGUCUUCCUCUCAAACUGCGUUCCUAGAUGCAUGCCAAGCUCGACCGAACAUCAAGGUCUUUAGGCAAACAUUGGCCAAGAAGAUAAUUUUCGAUGAUAAUAAACGGGCCACGGGUAUACAGGCCGAGGGUUUGUUGAUAAAAGCUAGGAAAGAGGUCAUCUUAUCCGCUGGUGCCUUCCAGUCGCCGCAGUUACUCAUGGUCUCCGGAAUAGGUCCGGCGGCGACCCUCAAUGAACACGGGAUUCCAGUCAUCGUUGAUAGACCAGGUGUGGGACAGAACAUGACGGAUCAUCUCAUGUUCGGCCCUUCUUAUCGAGUCGCAGUGCCAACGGUGCCAUCAGUGCUUGCGGACUCGGAGAAAGCAAUUCCAGCUCUUUUCAACUUCUUCAAUUUUGCACAGGGACCUCUCACAAAUAAUGGCUCAGAUUAUAUAGCUUUCGAGAAGAUACCGAUAGACUUGCUCUCCAAGGAGGCCAGUGACAUUCUGUCGAAAUUGCCAUCUUCGUGGCCGGAUACCGAAUACUUCGCUGUGGACGGCUAUUUUGGGGACUUCGCCAACCCUUUCAUGCGCGGGGCUAGCAACGGUUAUCCUACAGAUGCGUACGACUACGCCAGUAUCAUCAUAGCACCGACUGCACCUAGAUCCCGCGGGAGUGUAACGAUAAAGUCGGCGGAUGUCAAUGACUUGCCAAUUAUCAACCCCAACUGGUUAACCGAUCCUGUCGACAUCGAAGUUGCUGUUGCAGCAUUUAAGAGAGUGCGCGCGGUAUUUGCGACGAAAGCUAUGAAGGACGUCCUAGCCGACCCUGUCGAAUAUUUCCCCGGACCUGCUGUCAAGACCGAUGAGCAAAUUCUCGAUAUAAUCCGAAAGACCGUAACGACUGAGUUCCAUGCAUCCACAACUUGCCGUAUGGGGAAAACGGACGAUUCAACUGCGGUGGUGGAUUCGAAGGCUAGGGUCAUCGGCGUGUCUGGACUGCGGGUUGUGGAUGCUAGCUCUUUCGCAUUAUUACCCCCAGGACAUCCUCAAAGUACGGUUUAUGCGUUUGCCGAGAAGAUAGCGGAUGAUAUCAAGUUCGGCAGAUAAAUAACGUCGGCGGGUCAUUGAGAACUCAAGUUUUCGUAGGAGGGUGAUCGGACUCCAUCGCGAAAGGGUGCUUACUGAUUAUCUAACUCGAAGUUCCAACUUGACAAUAAAAUCAAUCAGACUUGAAAUUCCUCCACGUGCCCCUGCGUGUCUGAUUGAUUCUCCGGGAUAGCCAAAUAUGAGUGAAAAUCGGUGCCGUUCAACGUCGUCAUUGAAAGUUGAACAUGUCAUAGAUGCUUAUAGCACUAGAUUUUAGUGAGGCCUAGUGAAUGACCUUCUAGAAUAAUAGCGGGUACUCAGGUAGUUCGUCACUGUUGG